UUCGUGGUGCUGAAAUCCUUUGCGCUUUCGGUCUUUUCCUUUCCUGUCUGUCCCUCCCUCCCUCCCUCCAUCCAUCCAUCCAUCUCUCCUCUCUCCCUCCCUUGGUUCUCUCUCAUACGCACAAAACCCUCUGUCAUGGCGUCUUCCAACAAUGUUACCCCCACCAACUGUAGCUGGUGGCCCAUCUCAGCCAUGGAUGAAGACGGCGAAAUUACAGACGGGGAGAAAAGCGAAGAGCCAGCUAUAGAGUCGAAACCUAAUUUCUCUAAAGACAAGCUUGUUUUGUAUCACUGGACGCAGUCUUUCAUCUCUCAAAAGGUAACACACAGACAGCAUGCAAACGAAAUGGAGGUGUACCCGGUCUCUCUCUUACAUGUCAUAUCUGCUAUAGGAGCUCAAUGUGUUAUUCUAUAAGAAUUAUUUGAAAUAUAAUGUUAUAGGCCUACACGUUUGUGUUAGAAAUUAUUUAAUUCUGGCAAUAUUUCCCAUAUGAGACGUUAUGAAUCGUCUGCAGCAUGUGUGGACAUUUUCCUUGACAUUGGUUUAUACGAGUUAGAUAGGCUAUAGCUGGAUUGGUGAUCAAUAUUAUGUAACAAUGGAUGAUUCGGCGAGAAAAAGAUGGUGUCUAAUUCUAUUAAGACGUCUGUUUUGACAGUUUUCCCCUCAUGGAUGAGAAAUCAGGCUACACCUCAUAUGUGGUCCGACGUGACAAAUCUAAAUAAUUGAUGUAAAAUGAGGUAUCUCUGUGAAAAGGCAACAUUUCAACCCUCCCUGUGUCUUUCUCUCAAUGCAGCGCUUUUAAGUUAUUCUGAAAUAUAUUAAUAGACUUGGCCAUUUUUAUUCAAAUAGUAUGUAGAACCCACAUGAGUAUUUAUGAUACAGAGAUCUUUCCCUUCAGAUGUGUAGAGCAUGAUCUUCUUCAUGUUGUCUGCAGACCACCAUAGCGCAAUGCCUUGACAUCUCGGCGUUUUGAGUUAGUGCCACUUAAACCAUACAGCCUUGGAGCGUCUGUGAGAGAUCUUGCAUUAUAACAGCUUACAUUCUCCUGUCAUUAUUAUUAACAGCUCUCCAGAUUAGGAGUUAACUGUAAACCUAACCAACAGGCAGAUGACAAAGUCUGAGGUUAUUGCAUCUAAAAUUUGAUCUUAUUCUAUCCUCUUUGCAUGCACUUUUCUAUUUUUUCAAUGUAUAUGUAAUAGAUAGGCCUACAGUAUAGAUAGGUAUACAGUAUGUUCUGAUACUUGGGCUUAACGCUUACAUUUCAAGCACUGAAAGACAUGGAAAUUGGCAAUGAAAGGUGUAGACCGAAUCUAUAUUACGCAUUUUGAAUGUAGAGACAGAAUUCUUUACCUUUCCCUACAUGCAGAUAUAGUGAAACCAGGAUCGACACCUAGCAUCAAUAUGACAUAAUAUGGUAAAUUACUAAUCAUUGUGAAAUAUCAUGCAAUGCAGACAACAUGUUGCUCUGCACCUGAUUAGACAUCCACUCUUCACAGCUGUUGGACUGUGCUCAGCUAGCUUUGCUCCACGCCCCAUGUGGCAAAGAUGUGGGAUUUAGUCUGUCAACCAUUAGGAUAUUGGCUACGAGCCUCUCUGGAAGCUACUGCUGAUUUACAUUUACAUUUGAUCUGUGCCUGUUGUCACUCAACAGUACCAGUAAAAUAUCAGGCUCAUUAUCGUGGUUCCACUCAAUACAGGAUUUAGAGAGGUUGCAUUCCUUUAGGUUAAACAAUGCGACGCCUUAAUACAGUAGCCUAAAACUGUCAUUAAGCAAAGUCUACUCUGUCUUCUCAUUGAGGUUGGUUUUAAUGAUGGUUAUGGAUAUUCAUGUUGAGAUAAUGAACAAGGAAUGUUAGGAUCACCUGGUUCCUCUGUCCUCUCAGCAGCUGUAUAUGUGGCCUACAGGCAAAUACAGUAUAUUUUAUGCAUACACUCUUAGAAAAAAGGGUUACAAAAGGUUUCUUCUGCUGUCCCCAUAGGAUAACCCUUUUUGGUUCCAGGUAGAACCCUUUGGGGUUAUAUGUAGAACCCUUUCCACAGAGGAUUCUACAUGGAAAUGUCUGCCCUUCUAGAGCUGCCCCAGUCAACUGUAAGUGCUGUUAUUGUGAAGUGAAAGUGUCUAGCAGCAACAACGGCUCAGCCGCUAAGCGGUAGGCCACACAAGCUCAGAGAAUGGGAUCGCCGAGUGCUGAAGCGCAUAGCGCGUAAAUAUCGUCUGUCCUCGGUUGCAACACUCACUACCGAGUUCCAAACUGCCUCUGGAAGCAACGUCAGCACAUUAACUGUUCGUCGGGAGCUUUAUGAAAUAGGUUUCCAUGGACGAGCAGCCUCACACAAGCCUAAGAUCACCAUGCGCAAUGCCAAGUGUCGGUUGGAGUGGUGUAAAGCUCGCCGCCAUUGGCUCUGGAGCAGUGGAAACGCAUUCUCUGGAGUGAUGAAUCACGCUUCACCAUCUGGCAGUCCAACGGUCGAAUCUGGGUUUGGCGGAUGCCAGGAGAACGCUACCUGCCCCAAUGCAUAGUACCAACUGUAAAGUUUGAUGGAGGAGGAAUAAUGGUCUGGGGCUGUUUUUCAUGGUUCGGGCUAGGCCCCUUAGUUCCAGUGAAGGGAAAUCUUAACACUACAGCAUACAAUGACAUUUGAGACGAUUCUGUGCUUCCAACUUUGUGGCAACAGUUUGGGGAAGGCCCUUUUCAGCAUGACAAUGCCCCUUGCAGAAAGCGAGGUCCAUACAGAAAUGGGUUUUUCGAGAUCAGUGUGGAAGAACAUGACUGGCCUGCACAGAGCCCUGACCUCAACCCCAUUGAACACCUUUGGGAUGAAUUGGAACGCAGACUGCGAGCCAGGCCUAAUCGCCCAACAUCAGCGCCCGACCUCACUAAUGCUCUUGUGGCUGAACGGAAGCAAGUCCCUGCAGCAAUGUUCCAACAUCAAGUGGAAAGCCUUCCCAGAAGAGUGGAGGCUGUUAUAGCAGCAAAGGGGGGACCAACUCCAUAUUAAUGCCCAUGAUUUUGGAAUGAGAUGUUCGACGAGCAGGUGUCCACAUACUUUUGGUCAUGUAGUGCAUGUCCCUGCACAAUUCACAUGAUCCAUAUAUGGAUUUUUAUCAAACUAAGGAGGACUAAUGCGGAUGUCCAACAUGCUGCAAAUAUAGAUGAGACAGACAGAAAAUGGCUGUGUCAUUGCACUACCCUGUACAAACAUGUUUUUCUUGCUGUCUUUAGAAAAGCAUCAAGAUAUCUAAACUACGUCUGAAUAGUUAUUUUGAUCACUGAUCCAUCUGUCAUACAGUUAAUGAUGGAUUGUGCACACGAGGAAUGAUAUACUGUUGUGGGAGUUUGAUAACUUAAUGUAACAGCAUAUUUGGAAGUCAUUGAAGAUUGAUACUCCGCUGUCUGUCAUUCUAAACUGCUACAGCAGGUUGGAGAUUUACACCUUCGUUCACGACAGUAUUACCCAGAGCCUGUAGGUCUCAACACUCAGGUGUCAGUGGGUCAAGCUCAGGUGUCAGUGAGUCAAACUCAGGUGUCAGUGAGUCAAACUCAGAUGUCAGUGAGUCCAACUCAGGUGUCAGUGAUUCCAACUCAGGUGUCAGUGAGUCCAACUCAGGUGUCAGUGAGUCAAACCCAGGUGUCAGUGAGUCAAACCCAGGUGUCAGUGAGUCCAACUCAGGUGUCAGUGAUUCCAACGUAGGAGUCAGUGAGUCCAACCCAGGUGUCAGUGAGUCCAACCCAGGUGUCAGUGAGUCCAACUCAGGUGUCAGUGAGUCCAACUCAGAUGUCAGUGAGUCAAACCCAGGUGUCAGUAGUUCCCUGAGUCAGAUAUAGAGAUCUCUAUAACUAUCUGUGACUCUGGUGGUUCCAACUAAGAUGUCAGAGGUUGUCAGUGGAUCCUUGCCAGUUUAUGUCAGUUUAUGAUGAGGAGUUAAUGUUAGGGUGCCAUUAAUUGUCUGGUUAGCAGUGUUAGAUUGGUACAAUUGCUGCAACCUGAGAUUAUGUCAUUGAUUAAGACAUAAAUAUUUUUCAUUGUUGAAUCACUUGGUCUGGUUGAUUGUAUGCCCUAAUCAUUCUCUACAGUCAUCUACUCCAGUCACUGUUUAAGUUUAGGUUUCAUGCUAAUACAUAAAUAAUCAGUGAUGGGAAUUGUUGCAGUAUUCUUGGUAAAAUAAUAAUUCUACAGUAAAAUGAGCGAGCUACAAGGUCUUCCUGUUCUGUCUUGCGCACCAGACUUCCUCCCUCUGUGCACAAUAGCAAGGUUAUCCUGUACUAGACAGGAGUGGUAAAAAUUCCUACACUAACUGUUUACGCAGUCGGUGCACUCACACUUUGUGAUGUUUUGUUACAAGUUGUCUGGCCAUUUGUCUGGCCCUUUACAACAAAACUCCCAUGUUUCUCGCUCCAUAGCUCCCUCACCUCCAUAGUGUGAUCUACUGUACACAGUGCUUGACUUUGACUGAAAUAGAUGCCAGCACUCAAUUUGGGUGCCGGUACUGUUUAGAUUUAGGUGCAGGCACUCCACAAUACUUUUGAGCUAAUAUUCUAUGAGAGGAACAGGAACUCAAACUGUAGAAAAUGUGUGGUGCCGAUACUCAGCUCCGGUGAGCUCCUGCCCAAGUCAAGCACUGACUGUACAUUCAUUAAUCUUAUUUCUGCAAAUAACCCUCCAUGGAUCUCCAUGGAACUUGGCAUGGCUUUUAAUAGACACUGAAAAUGGAUACUGUCUGCCUCACAGAAGCCAUUUUUGGUUCAUAUUGAGCUCAACAAAACAUAAUUUUGCAUGACUAUUACUUUUUCUAAGGCCUUUUAAUGGCCUGUUUUAUGCCUGUCUGUGCUUGUGUGCCCAGGGUUCCCUGCUCUAGGGUGUGCUGUUGGUUAGAAAUAGAGAUAUCAUUGUUUUCUUUUUAAAUUGUUCUUCAACAAAACAUUGUAGCCUACAAGUAGCAGCAAUAAGCCAAAGUGCGAAAAGCAAAAUACAAUUUGCUUUUGAAUAUUAACCCUUGUAGACCUGAAGGGGUUUCUCUAUCAGAAUAACUUCUCUAGCACAUAUAUUUGUUCUAAGAUUGUAAUAACAUAGACCAUUAGAGUACUGAUUGCACUAAAACACAAAAACACAUAUAAACAAGAGUCAAGCUAUGAGACGAAUAUGUAACUUGUGUCUCUGUUCCCUGUGUUUCUCUGCGUUUUUCUUCCUCAAGGUGCGUCUGGUGAUCAAUGAGAAGGGUCUGCUGUGUGAAGAGAGGGACGUGAGUCUCCCUAUAGCAGAGCACAAGGAGCCCUGGUUCAUGAGGCUCAACCUGGGGGAGGAGGUGCCUGUCUUCAUCCACGGAGACACCAUCGUCUCAGACUACAACCAGAUCAUAGAGUACCUAGAGGCUAACUUUGGGGGAGGUAUUGACUUUUAGACUACUUGAUUUCUUUCCAUUAUGUUAGUGACUGCACAUGCUCUUUUUAAGGUUAAUUUAGGAGAGGUAUUGCCUUUCAGACUACUCAUCUCUUUUCAUCCACGAUGUUACAGUAGUGACUGAAUAGCAGACAGUAUCCAAUCAGAUAAUAGAGUAUACACUCUUAGAGAAUUUUUUUUUGCUAUCUAGAACCUAAAAGGGUUAUUCGGCUGUCCUCAUAGGAGAACUCUUUGAAGAAUCCUUUUUGGUUCCAGGUAGAACACUUUUGGGUUCCAUGUAGAACCCUGGCCAAGUCUACUUUGGAUGAGGUACUGCUGCAGUAUUUAGCAGGUUAUUGAAUACGUAUAGAGACUGAAUUUGGGGGAGGUAUUGCUUUUGACAUUACUAUUGAUCUAUUGUCAUUUUAAGUUUGCUAUUACAACCAGAUCAUUGAGUCCAUAGAGACUAACUUUUUUUUUUUUGGGGGGGGGGGGGGGGGUAUUGCUUUACAGACUACUUAUCUCUUUCGGUGUCCAUGAUGUUUAGUGAGUGACUGCAUAGUAAAACAGUAUACCGUCUUCACGGUUACUUUGGGAGAAGUAUUGCUUUUCAGACUAACUUGAUCUCUUUUGUUUAUUAUGAUAGUCAGUGAGGGACUGCAUAGGAAACAGUAUGCACAUUUGAAGAAUACUGAUCUCUAUCAAUAAUUUAUUUCAAUCAAUCAUCAUAUUAGGUGCAGUUGUGAACAAAAGCCAUGUCAGAGAUAAAUCUAAUUGGCAUAUCAUAUGGUUCACUGCAGCUCAAGGAUCAAUGAUCGCCCAUGAAGUUAGUGACUGGCUGGAGGCUGCAUAGCAAAGAGGAUGAAUAUUUGAAGGUUUCUAUUAAGCCUAAGGUUUCUAAACAUUGGUAAGGUGUUGCUGUUUUUCAUCAGGGAAGUGUAAUUCAACCCAGAGUCUAUGAACUAUAUACUGUGUUUUUCUCAGUAUGUCGUUUGUCCUAUCAUGGUCGUAUGGGUCAUUUUAGGUGCUGGUGGUUGUGGGUCGUUAUGUAAGGUCCUGAGAGGAUGACCCCAGGAAGGCUGGAGGGGAUAUUGAACAUGGCCAAUGGAUGAAGGACUUCCUCUCAGUUUGCUUAUUUGACAAGUUCACACAGUGGUAUACCUCCCCGUUUCACUUAGUUGGAAAAUGCUCUCUCCCUACUGAACACGACUCAGACCUCAUGCUCAUUCUAAAGAGGAUGUUGUGUCAUUCAGCUGCUUGAUUUAGGAGAGGUAUUGCCUUUCAGACUACUCAUCUCUUUUCAUCCACGAUGUUACAGUAGUGACUGAAUAGCAGACAGUAUCCAAUCAGAUAAUAGAGUAUACACUCUUAGAUAAUUUUUUUGUUGCUAUCUAGAACCUAAAAGGGUUAUUCGGCUGUCCUCAUAGGAGAACUCUUUGAAGAAUCAUUUUUGGUUCCAGGUAGAACACUUUUGGGUUCCAUGUAGAACCCUGGCCAAGUCUACUUUGGAUGAGGUACUGCUGCAGGUCUGAGUCGCCUUAAGCUCUCCGUAUGCUCUCCUUAUGCUUUCUCAGGGAGAAUCUUGUUUUGAUAUUUUGUCAGCUGUAUCCCAUUUGCUUGAUACACUCUUCGAAAAAAAGGUGCUAUCUAGAACCUAAAAGGGUUCUUUGGUUGUCCCCAUAGGAGAACCCUUUGAAGAACCCUUUUUGGUUCCAGGAAGAACCCUUUUUGGGUUCCAUGUAGAACCCUUUCCACAGAGGGUUCUACAUGAAACCUAAAAGGGUUCUAUCUGGAACCAAAAAGGGCUCUUCCUAGAACCAAAAAGGGUUCUCCUAUGGGGACAGCCGAAGAACCCUUUUGGAACCCUUUUAUCUAAGAGUGUAAAUGUGAUUGAGCAGUAACACAGUCAGAGACCAUCGGGUUCUCUCCUGUGUGACAUUUCAUUGUGCACCAUCACCAUGUUGGUGCAAGGUGCAGCAGUAUUGUGUACCCAAGCCAAGGCCAUGCCCCUGUUUGUGCUAAGGACUGAUUUAAGGAGGCUGCUCUGAUACUCACACCCCUGUGCUGCUUAGCGCUGCAGCAGAGCGCACCAGCAGAUCUCCAGAGCCAGGCCAUGUACGGCCACAGCCAUGCCCAAGUCGAUGUGUUGGGCCUGGACUGAUUAGUCAGCAGUCUGGCCCUCUGCCAGGUGCAGCUCCGGGCCUUCGGCUCCACCCUAGAGCCAUGUGAUCGGAGAAACAGCACAGACUGGAAUAUCCCUGGGCCCUUCCUGUGUCCCCACUCCCCAUCAUCAGUCAUCAUCAGUAAGCCCUCUCUAGCCCAUAGCCUACCUUUAUGGUGUCCUAAUCUAAAGUCAAAACACAGAGCUAUCUGUUAAUAUUGUGAAACAUUUGCUUCUAUUUCUGUCUAUUGGCCUAUGGAGCCCAUUCUCAGAAACAGUUUUGUAGCUGAGUGUACUCCAUUCACAGGAAAAUACCCCUAAUGCACCAUUGUUAUCCUUUGUGAUAUGUUAAGUGGACUGUUGCACAUCAAGUAAAGGCUGAAGUUGGUAUACAGUGCUAUGUCUUUAUGUUACAGGCCUAAUAUGUUAGAAUGCUGUAUACUCCUAUAUGUGUAAUUAUGUCACAGUGCUGUACGAACCUCUGUCUGUUUGUACCUGGUGUCUUUGUAGAAACGGUGGCCCAGUUGAUUCCCGAUGCUGGCUCUCCUCUCUACGAGCGUGUGCAGCAGUACCGUGAGUUGCUGGACGGCCUGCCCAUGGACGCUUACACACACGGCUGUAUCCUGCACCCAGAGCUCACCACCGACUCCAUGAUCCCAAAGUACGCCACCGCUGAAAUACGUAGUAAGUCAUGUCAGAAUUCAGUGUUUUACAGUGGGAAUACCCCAUUCACAAGAAAAUAUUGACGUAGUAUAUGCAGGACAUGAAAACACACAUGUAAGUCGCAUAUACAUUGUAAAUAACAUUCAAUAUAAUAUGAUAUUGCAUAUCAUUAUUCAAUAUACAUUUGAUUGAUAGUAUCUGCAAUUUCCCAUUAAAAUGCACUACUAUUCAGCGUUCUCACAACAUUUUCGUAUUAACAUGUUGUCUCUCAACCAAAUUAUGCUGUCCAAUUUGACCUUAAUCCUUAUCACAGCAAAUGUCAUGGAAGCAAUGUCAUUAAUUCCUUGUAGGAGAUAUAAGGUAAUUGAGUCUGCAGGCACUGCAUUGCUCCUUCAUGGACGUGCAUGUAUAAAUCAAGAAAAAGGCUGGUCCGGCCAAAACCCUGCAGUGGAAUAAAUUAACCAGUGAGCCCCCUGCCCAGUGUGAUGUCUGUUAAAUCAAAUUGAUCCUUUAUUUGUUGUUUAUUUGUUUGUGGCAGUUCACCAAUGAUGUUUAUAUUUUAAUCAGAGUCAUUAAUGUGUUUUUAUGAACAACACUUUAUUGAUUUAUCUCUCACAUUUUAUAACUGAAAUUGGUUGUCGCUGGGAAAUUAAGAUUUAGCAGGAAAACAGAAUAGUCUAUGGGGUCUCUGCGCAUUUGUAAAUUGUGUAUUUCUAACACAUGAUAUUCUUGUCAGAUAGGAACGUAUACACUAGUUACAGUAUCAUUUGUUGUUAUUGAACAUCCACUCUCUGUUUUUGGUACUGCUUUAGACCACAGAAGGGUUUAAAAGGAGUAUUUCCUCCAAUAGUCACUGACUUGUCUCUUACCUCAGAGCAGUAUUUCAUCCAGGAGUCAGUGAUGUCUCUGUUUCUCUGUCCUUAGGACACUUAGCCAACGCUGCGUCUGAGCUGAUGAAGCUGGACCACGAGGAACCCACGCUGACAGAGCCAUACCUCUCCAAGCAGAAGAAACUCAUGGUGAGACUGGUAGCAUGGCACCACACAGAACGAGAAGCCUAAAAAGAGAGAAACAGUGAUUGAUAUAAUGCAUUACCAACAAUUGACCUUUCCAGUCGCCCUAUAUACCAUUUGUGUGUGUGUGUGCGUGCGUUUCUGUGUGUUAAGAGGCAUAUUUCAUUAAUGGCCUCACAAGAUUGUUAAGAUGAGCUGAUAAUGGUCCUACUCAUAUUCACACCAACAUCAAGUAUUUGAGUUAUUGAGUAAGUUAUUACUAAGCAGAGCAAUUCCAACGUGGUUGUUGUUUACGUUUUAGUGUGAUGUAGGAUAGAUAUAGCAAAAUUACCCUAAUUGCUUGUGUCAGGGUCGGUGCUAGUUCUGUAUCGACCCAUCAUGCAUCAACAUGGAUAGCUGCCACUGCCAGGGCCAAUCUACUGGCUAAAACAAAUGGUUUCCUUUUAACUUGGCUCGGCCUAUCUUUAGUCAGUACCUGUAUUUUCUACUAUUAUUAGUUCCACUGUUACAAAUAGGUUUAUUUUACUCUGUUAUUGUAUUUCAAGGGGACAUAGAGAUGCUUGCUUACGCCAGACAAUGACAUGCUACAGCUCUCUGUGGUGCUGAUCUGAGACCAGUCUCUUGGCAGAUGUUGUCCACCAUGUUGUUUUCUGUGGUCUUCCAAGAGGUCUUCACCUAUGAGCGGAUAGCGACAAUACGAGACUGCAUAGACAGACAUAUAUGCACAUAUGUGACAUGGGCUUGUUCUUGUGCUUACAGGCAAAAAUAUUGGACCACGACAAUGUGACCUACCUAAAGAAGAUCCUUGGCGAGUUGGCCAUGGUACUAGAUCAGGUGGAGGCCGAGUUGGAAAAGAGGAAAAUCGAGUAUGAAGGUGAGUGCAGAUUAUUAUUGAUGUUUAUAUCGUACAGUUCAUUAACAUUAUCAAACAUGGUGGCCUUGUCCGAAUACCCAUUCUACCGCACUACAUACCUAAACGGCAUACUCAUUUAGACCAUUUGAUCUAGUAGAAUUCAUUCCUCUUUUCCGACUCACGUGUUUGACAACAGCUGAUAAUCAGAUAAAUUGACGCGCUAUACCAAAAUGAAUGAAUGGUGGGAGUCAACGCAAUCGCGCAUUAGAUGACGCAUUCGGGGUGUACUAUAAAACGUUAUUUUUUCCUAUACUAUUUAGUACUCUAUUAUGGGUAUUUGGACAUGACCACUCUGUUUCAUCUUCCUAGCCUGGUCCCAGAUCUGUUUGUCCUAUCUUAUAUGACCAUAGGAGUUGCAGUUGGCAAGAUAGCACAAACAGAUCUGGGACCAGGCUACUUUGUACCACACCGCUACAGUAGCAUGUUUUAUUUUGGCAGGUCAAAAGUGUGAGUUGUGGCUAUGUGGACCUGAAUUUACACUAGCUGAUGUCUGCCUGGGAGCCUUGUUGCACAGGCUUAAGUUCUUGGGACUCUCAAAGAAAUACUGGGAGGACGGCAGCCGACCCAACCUCCAGUCCUUUUUCGAGCGGGUGCAAAAACGCUACGCUUUCCGCAAGGUUCUGGGCGACAUCCACACAACCCUCCUGUCAGCAGUUCUUCCCAAUGCAUUUCGAAUGGUAAAAAAGAAGCCGCCAUCUUUCUUCGGGGCCUCUUUCCUCAUGGGCUCUCUGGGAGGGAUGGGGUACUUUGCCUAUUGGUUUUUAAAAAAGAAAUACGUGUAG